CAUAACGAUCUGCGCUCGUUUCUCGGAUUAACUUGUCUGAUGCAAAUUUCAACACGGGACAGGGAUUACAUUAUUGAUCCGUUCCCGUUAUGGAACGAAAUGCACAUCCUCAAUGAGCCAUUCACCGAUCCAAAUAUACUUAAGGUCUUUCAUGGUGCCGACAAUGAUAUCAUUUGGCUACAAAGAGAUUUUGGCAUUUACGUUGUGAAUAUGUUCGACACCCAACGAGCUAUGAAGGCGCUCGAUUUCUCGAAAUUUUCAUACCAAUAUCUUGUUCAGGCUUGUUGUAAUCGCACUCUGGAUAAGAAACUGCAAAAAGCCGAUUGGCGCCUGAGGUUUCUUUUCUGA